CCCACAGCAAGCGGAAGCGGAAGAGGAAGAGGAAGAGCAAAUAUGCUACAGAUUCAUCAUCAUCUGCUGCUCCUUGUUUUCUUUAUCAACUUCAUGUUCAUAGUUAGUGCAGGGACACUAAAGAUAGGAGUAGGGGUGGUUCUUGAUAUGGAUUCAAGUGUUGGAAAGACCAGCAGCCUCUGCAUUAAAAUGGCCAUCGAUGAUUUCUAUCAAACCCACCACAACUACACCACCAAAAUCAUCCCUCAUAUUCACCACUCCGAAUCUGAUACACUCCAAGCUGCUUCUGCGGCUAUACAGCUUUUAAAAUAUGAUCAAGUAAUCGCGAUCAUAGGACCUCACACGUCCUCGCAAGCAGAUUUCGUAGUCGAUAUUGGCAACAAAUCUAAGGUUCCCAUACUAUCUCUGGCUACAUCCACCUCUAUCUCCCCAAUCGAAAAUCCUUACUUCAUCCGCGUAUCACACAACUCCUCCUCUCAAGCCCAACCCAUAGCAGCACUCAUCAAACAUUUUACUUGGCGGGAAGUGGUGUUUGUUUAUGAACAAAGUGAUUUUGGGAGGGGUUUGCUUCCGUAUUUGUCUGAAGCCCUGUUAAAUAUUGGUGCCCAUAUCAAAUAUCGGUCUGUUAUAUCUCCUUCUCCUUCACAUGCCGAGAUUUCUGAGGAGCUCAACAAGUUAAAAGAAAACCAAGCACGGGUUUUUGUGGUCCAUUUGUCACCAAAAUCGGCUUCUCUCUUUUUCAAGAAAGCAAAUGAAACAGGAAUGAUGCAAAAGGGAUAUGUCUGGAUCAUUACUGAUGUUCUCACCAGCCUUUUGCAUACUUUGGAUAUAAGUUCAAUGCAAGGAGUAGUGGGCGUAAAGCCUUAUAUCCCGAAAUCCAUUAAGCUAAACAACUUUGAAAAGAGAUGGAGAAGGAGAUUUCACACUGAGAACCCGAACCUAGAGAUGGAAAGAAUCGAACUUGAUGUGUUUGGGAUAUGGUCAUACGAUGCCACUUAUGCACUAGCAAUGGCAUUGGAGAGAGUUGGCAGUGAUAUUGCUCCCACUUUCCAUCGAAAAAACAAUCCUGUAACAGAUCUAGAUGCCAUCGGAACCUCCAAACUAGGACCAAGGCUACUUUCAGAGAUCGGCAAGACAAGACUAAACGGGUUGAGUGGUGAUUUCUCUGUUGUUGAUGGACAAUUACAACCGUUGGAUUACCAAAUAGUGAGCGUAAUUGAGAAGGAAGAGAGAUUCGUGGGCUUGUGGACUUGGCAUCAUGGAAUUUCAGAGAAUCUUAGGGAUAUCAAAUGGCCUGGUAACAGUAACAGCAUCCCUCAAGGUUUAAGAGUUGGAUAUCCAUCAAAUGGCGUGUUCCCUCAGUUUAUUAGUAACUCGAAAGACAACAACACAAAUGAGGACAAACCAACAGGAUUUUGUGUGGAGGUUUUCGAGGCAGUAAUGGAAGCAUUACAACCACAAGCUCCACCCUACGGAUACAACCAUUAUACUAUCGAUGACGGUCACACUUCGCGAAGCUACGAUGAUCUUGUUUACCAGAUCUUCCUCAAGAAAUUUGAUAUGGUGAUUGGGGACGUGACUAUCCGGGCAAACAGGUCGAACUAUGUCGACUUCACUUUGCCAUAUACAGAGUCGGGAGUCUCGAUGAUUGUUCCGAUCAAAGUUGAUGACAGGAAGGGUAUAUGGAUAUUUCUGAAACCCCUAGAAAAGGGCUUGUGGUUAACAUCAUUUGCUUUCUUUAUAUAUACUGGAGUUGUGGUUUGGAUUCUCGAGCAUCGUGUAAACAAAGAAUUCCGUGGCCGACCUUAUAAACAAGUCGGAAUGAUCUUCUGGUUUUCUUUCUCAACCCUUGUUUUUGCCCACAAAGAGAAGACGAUAAGCAACUUAUCUAGAUUUGUGGUGAUUGUGUGGAUAUUUGUGGUGAUUGUACUACAAUCAAGCUACACAGCAGGCUUAACAUCUAUGUUGACAGUACAGCAGCUUCAACCGGACUUCACCGAUAUCCAUGAUCUCCUGGCACAAGGAGACUAUGUAGGGUACAAGGAUGGUUCUUUCGUUGGACGGAUGUUGUUGGAUAUGGGUUUUAACAUAAACAACUUAAAAAAGUACACAAGCUUGGAAGAUUAUCAUGAAGCCCUUUCGAAGGGUAGUAAAAAUGGAGGUGUUUCUGCCAUUUUUGAGGAGCUUCCUUAUGUGAAUGCGUUCAUGGCUAAAUAUUGUACCAAGUACAUCAAGGUUGGUCCAACCUACAAGACUGCAGGCUUUGGCUUUGCAUUUCCAUUAGGGUCUCCCCUAGUGCCGCUUGUUUCAAGAGCAAUCUUAGAGGUCAGGGAGAAGAAACUAAGCAAGAUUUGGGAUAUAUACUUUAAACCAGAAAAAGAGUGCACACCGAAAAAUGAGACUGCUGUGACCCCUGAUAGGCUCUCGCUGGAUAGUUUUAUUGGUCUUUUUCUGAUUGCUGGCAUAUCAUCAACUUCUGCUCUUAUGAUUUCUAUCUUGAAAUUCUUGUAUGAGAAUAGAGGUAUUUUAGCAUCUGAGGAUUCAAUUUGCCAAAAGAUGUAUGCAAUGGCAAGAACUUUUGAUCAAGAAAACGAUCAAAGUUCAUACAAGGGAUCAAAGAAGACAAUUGAUGCACUGGGCACAACAGAUGAUGAUGAUUUGUCUGUAAUUGAAGAUGACAUCACCAGCAAUGCCCCAAGCCCAGAGAGUAUCAUUAACCAUGAAGCUCCUGACAUUGUAGAAACAACAAUAGAGAGAUGAGAUAAGGUUA